AUGCAAUUACGAAAAGUCAGGUCUCAUGAAAAUUCGUACACUAAUUUGGAUUAGCAAAGAAAGAUAGACUCUGCUCAAUUUAAAACAUAGCCUUGUACUCAAUAACAUCCAAGUGCGCAUAAAAAGUUUUGCCCAUAUUACCAUGAUGAGUCGGAUCGCAGACGUGACCCUCAUUAAUUCAAAUAUAAGUGA